AUGAGAGCUUUAGUCUCUGAAGUCAAUAACUGGCUGUCGCUUGCUAUCUUGAUACUCAGCUUGGCAACCGCAGCUAGGGCUUCGUGUGCUCUUCCAACAUCAUUCAAAUGGACAUCUACAGGUCCACUGGCAGACCCAAAGUCGGGCUGGGUUUCGAUCAAAGACUUCAGCAGCGUUCCAUUUAACGGCAAACAUCUCGUAUAUGCGUCCACAGUCAACUCAGCAGGAAGCUACGGCUCAAUGAAUUUUGGUCUCUUCUCAGAUUGGUCUAGCAUGGAUUCCGCAAGCCAGAACGCUAUGAAUAAUGGAGCUGUUGCGCCUAACCUCUUCUACUUCCGCCCAAAGAACAUUUGGGUGAUGGCACAGGAAUGGGGUCAAUACCCAUUCAACUACAUGACAUCUAGCGACCCUACUAACCCGAAUGGAUGGUCUUCACCCCAGGCUUUGUUUACUGGAAGCUUAUCUAGUCCUGGUGCCCCUAUUGACCCAGCUCUUAUCAGCGAUGGCACAGAUAUAUAUCUUUUCUUUGCAGGAGACAAUGGCCAUAUUUAUCGGUCUAGUAUGCCUAAUUCGCAAUUUCCAGCAAGCUUUGGUUCAAAUUACACAACGAUUAUGACCGCCGCAACCAACGACCUCUUUGAAGCAGUACAAGUUUAUAAAGUCGAUGGCCAGAACCAAUAUCUUAUGAUUGUUGAGUGUAUAGGAUCAGCGGGGCGCUAUUUCCGUUCCUUCACUGCUAGUAGCCUAAGUGGUUCAUGGAUAUCACAAGCUGCGUCUGAGAGCAACCCCUUUGCUGGGAAAGCCAAUAGUGGUGCUUCCUGGACUAAUGAUAUUAGCUCUGGCGACCUCAUCCGCAGCACAAAUGAUGAGACUAUGACGAUUGACCCAUGCAACCUGCAAUUACUUUACCAGGGCAUGGCUAUUGGGUCCAGUGGGGAUUACAAUUCUUUACCAUGGCGACCUGGUGUCCUAACACUUACAAACCCUGGAAACAGCUCUGACGGAUCUAGCGGCGGAGGCUCAGGCACAGCAGCGCACUGGGCUCAAUGUGGAGGCCAAGGGUGGACUGGGCCUACGACUUGCGAGAGUCCUUAUAAGUGUACUGUUAGCAGCGAAUGGUACUCUCAAUGUCUAUAA